AUGACGGCCCUUAGGCGGAUGACCUCAGAGGAGAGGGAAGAUCUCAUUACAGGGAAGAAACAAAAGGGAAAAGAAAAGGAGAAGGAAAAUCAAGACGGUGACGGUCUGGAUCAACCCUACCUCCCUAGGGACUUAGCUGAAAUUUCAAAGUUCACUAGGAGAAUCGCUGAAGCACCAAUGCCCUCUAAGACAAAGCUACCUCCAAACUUUGACAGGUAUGAUGAAACUAGAGAUCCUGAGGAUCAUCUCCAUGCCUUCAGGGGUGCAGGGCAGUUGGGACGGUGGCCCAUGCCGGUUUGGUGCCACAUGUUUGUGCAGACCCUGACGGAGGGAGCCAGGCUCUGGUUUGACAGCCUUCCCCCUGGAGGGAUCGACAGCUAUGAAGAGCUAAGUGAAAAAUUCCUUAGGAACUUUGGUCAGCAAAGAAAGGUGGACAAAAACCCAAACGAAAUCCUGCACAUAAGACAGAGGGACAACGAGCGAAUAGAUCAAUACAUGGAAAGGUUUGUCAAGGAAAGCAUGAACAUUAAAGACGUCCCGGAGGUCAUGAAGAUCAGCAGUUUCAUCAACGGGCUGAAACAUGCACAAUUAUGUGAGAAGCUGGGGGAGAAGUUCCCACACUCAUUUGACAACCUCAUGGACAGAGUCAGAGCCUUUGUCAGGGGCAAAUACACAGUUAGCAAAGCUAAAGAGAUGGACACCCCACCCCGAAGGCUCACCCCGACUGCAAAACCUCCCGAAAAAGGUACACCUUACUCAAGAAAACCUGCUUUUGAUAGAAUGUUGCAUGAUAGAACAAGGCCCUUAUACUCCCCGUAUAGGCCACGAGGGAGAGGAUCAUCCCCCUACUCUGAUAGCUUCACCUCUCUCACCAAAACCCCAAGUGAAAUACUAGCCACUGAAAGGGUGAAGAGCUCCUUCCCAAGACCACCACCCAUAAAACCCGGGCCAAAAGCACAACCAAACGAGUACUGUGACUUUCACAAAGGAUUUGGUCACAAGACUGAUGAUUGCAUGUAUCUAAAAGAGAAAUAG